AUGGCUGAGUCCGAUAUUCACUACAUAGUGGAUGUAUACAUAAAAUUAGAAUCAGUGGAAAAAGUACGUGCUAUAUUAUUAAAAAUUGUACAAGAUUCACGCAGCGAAGAUGGCUGUAAGGAGUAUAAAUUAUUGGAAAAUUUAAAUGAUCAAUCGCACUUUAUGUUUAUUGAAACAUGGAAAAAUGAAGCUGCAUUCGAAAACCAUUCACAAUCGGAUCAUAUUCAACAAGCAAGUCUAGAUAUUGGCAGUUAUUUAGCAAGAGCUCCUGAUAUAAAACGCUACAAAUAUUUGAAAAUACCUUCAAAACAGCUGAAUACUAGAAAUAAAAGUCGUUUUUGUACAUUGUUUUAA